UGACGGACCUGCUCGUUCUCGCUCUCUCCUGUGGGGUUACUUAUAUUAUUAUUACUACUGCUACUGCUGUUAUUGGCUGUGGGCUCUCUGCUGCGUAUCUGUCGUCACUGUGUAACCCGACGCUACAGAAAGCUACAUUUCGAGGGCCUGCAGUGUGGCUGUUUUGUGGAUCUAUUGCUCGACUUCGGCACCACUUGAUGUUAUUGCGUCCUGUGAACAGUGGAGUGUUACCCAGUGCUGUGCUCACACCUCGCUAUUUCUAAGCCCUAGGACUUGGCUGACUCGACGAGGUGUCUCGCAGGCGCGCGGGUGGAGGCCGUUACAGGGGCUGUAUGAUGCUGGGUGCCAUCUGACCGCGUCCACACGCUUCAUGCACCACGCCCCCACCCACAACCGCAGCCACGCCCCAGCCAGGAGCCCAGAUGAAAUUCUACCCUCAGCCCGCGGACUCCCCUGAUGGUGUCCAUGCGUGGGUUCAUGAGGACCUGCUCGAACCACGCUACGCCACGGACCCCAAGGCCGCCAUGGACCCCCUGGACUCCUUCCUGCGGGAUCUGCCGCCUCCAAACUCCACCUUCGCCGAGCUGAAGCCGCUCGAGCCCCUAGACUACCUGACGGCGUCGCCGGACACGUCGGCCUCGUCUCGCCAUGACAGCUCGUCCACCUCGUCCAACUCCCCCGGGAGCCAAUACAAGGGCGCCAUUACCAACACCAACACCUUCCUGGGCUACACCGGGACGCCCGAGCCCGUCACCACCACCACGUCGCCCCUCUCGUCCACCCAGAAGCCCGACGGCUGCCACACGGGCUACUCCAUCUCGCAAGACAUCGAUGACAUCGCCUCUAUCAUCGGCAGCGCCAUCGCCGACAACAACAUCAACACAAGCAUCAACAACAUCAUGCUGCCGGAGUCCCUGGAGCCGCUCAACGCCCCCGAGUUCCAGGACAUCGAGGCGUUCUUCGAGAGCAUGAGCGGCGGCGUCAAGGUGGAGCCCUCGGACCCUAUGGUCAACUCUACCAUGUCCCCGACCGGCCUGUCCGUGGCGACGCAGGUGCCCCAGCCCUCCACCACCACCAUCACCCACAGCACCAUAGAGUACGCGCAGACGCCCACGCACUCCCCGAUGCUGACUUCGCUUCUGGCUGCAGGAGCUGUCACUAACAACAAUUACUUGCAAGGCCUCAUGUCGGAGGGGAAUUGCCAUAAAAACGAAAUAUCGAUGCCUAUCCUACAGGCGCGACUCACACAGGGCUUGAAGGAUGUCGGAGGAGGACUUCUGAAGGCCGACCCCAUGUUCGCGCGCUCCCAUUACUACACGCAGAAGGACACUAUGCCGCACACCACGGACCCCAACAGUUUCGCCGUGACGACCACGGAUGACCUCCUCACCACAGGCAAAUAUGACAACAGGUCGUACCUGGACAAGACCCAGCUGGCCUCGCCCGAGUCCACCGACCUCUCCUCCACCAAGCUCGGCCUGGAUUUCCCGGGCAUGAAGAACAAGAACCGCAACCGCAUGAACAAGAGUACAAAACUGCCCAUCGCUACCGAGGGCACCAAAGACAAGCCCAUCCACCGCUGCACCGUGUGCAACCGCGGCUUCCUCAACAAGUCCAACAUCAAAGUCCACCUACGCACGCAUACAGGCGAGAAGCCCUUCAAGUGCGAGACCUGCGGGAAGGCGUUCCGACAAAAGGCUCACCUGCUCAAGCACUAUCAAAUCCACAAGCGCGUCGCCAGGGAUUGAAGCCAACCCGCCCUCGCCCCUCACGUUGCUUCUGUCUCGCCCGGUUCUUCUUAUUUAUUUCCUUAUUUACCUUACCCUAGAGAAGAGGUAGACGCCAACAACGCGCCGGACGCCACGAGAAAUGUUUUCGACCGUGAGAGCCAUUUCUGCGGCUCGAGUGAUUUUGAAAUGUGUUGAUGCUCAUAACAGUUCAUUCUGAAGUCUUCAUGCCGAACGAGCCGAUGUAAUAGAAAACUUAAACGAUUAUAAGAGACAAUGUUGUGCCAAGAAUGACACUGUAUCUAUCUGAGAACCCUUCUGCUAACAAAAGCUGUCCCAGAACAGGAUGCGCAGGCAGGCUGGUAUGACCUGUGCCUGCUGGUGGGGCCGGAGCUUCGGUCAGCUCUCUCGCAGGAGCUGCCCCUGGGACGCCUUCUUCACCCUUGACAUUGGCCGUGGACUUGUGUUGUGUGUUCUGUGAGAGAAAGAGGGAGAGAGAAACACAGGUUGGGAGUGAAGUGAAAGCUGUUAGCCACAGCCCCGGGUCUUGAAGAUGCCACCCCUCUCCCGCUCCCCCCUCCCCCUGCACCAGCCCUCGUCCCACCUCUGGUUCUGCGGUCGCCCCUACUGCCCGUCCCUUCCCAGCGCCCCUCCAUGCGGACCUCCAUGCGCUUGUGGGACAGAAUCUCGUGUUCCAGCUCUGACAUGCAGAGAUCGCGGCGAGGCGGAGGAGCGGGGAGC